AUGCAGUUGCGCAACAUAUUAACCCUCGCCACUGUUUUCGUGUCCGAUGCUCUUGGCGCCAGCUGUCCCUGUGGCUGGCGUCUAGGGGAGGACGGCGGUGCAGGAGUGUACACAUAUACACAUCGGCUGCACGAGGAUUUCAGCAAAUACCCCGACAUCAAGUUCAUCCUCACCGAUCCCAAGGCAGCUGAUUUCAACAAGAACUGGAUGAUCUACGACUACUAG